AUGUCGAGCGCAGCAGCCCUCGUCGUUCCGGCGCUCAAGCGCCACACCAGCACGGUCAUCGUCGCCCACGGCUUAGGAGACAGUGGUGCAGGAUGGAUGUUCCUAGCAGACCAAUGGCGUCAACAGUCCAAAUUCCCCGAGACCAAAUUCAUCUUUCCGAAUGCUCCUGCGAUUCCCAUCACGCUGAACAUGGGCAUGCGGAUGCCGGGGUGGUACGAUAUUGCGGAUUUCAGCGGCGACUGGACGAACCGGACGGAAGAUGAAGCUGGCAUCGUGCGAUCGCAAAAGACCUUUCACAACCUGAUCGCUGAGGAGAUCAAGGCGGGCAUACCGUCAGAACGCAUUGUAUUGGGAGGCUUCAGCCAGGGCGGCGCGAUGAGCUUGAUGGCAGGCAUUACAUGUCAAGAGCGCCUGGGAGGGAUAUUCGGCUUGAGCUGCUACCUACUGCUGGCAGGCAAGGUCCGCGAAAUGGUGCCCAAGGAGAACCCGAACAAGGAGACCAAGAUCUUCAUGGGACAUGGGGAUGAGGAUCCGCUGGUGAAAGCGCAGUGGGGACGACAGACGGCGGACAAGUUGAAGGAGUGGGGGUGGAAUGUGGAUCUGAAGAUGUAUAAGGGACUAGGGCAUAAUGCGAGUCCGCAGGAGCUUGGUGAUUUGGAGAGGUAUUUGCUGGAGAGGAUACCGGAUCAGGGGGAGAAGUGA